AUGAGAAGGGCUAAUUGUAAGGACCGUGUAUUCCCAUCAAAGCUUCUGGCCUCGGUGGCGCUCGAGGCAUCCGAGCUGCUCUUACGCAAUUCCAUUCAAAACAAGAACGCUCCCGUGAGUUCGAUUGCUGUGCGACUUGGUUAUAUUGGUCGUGAUUUGUUGUCGCAGCCGCUCUAUGAGCUACCAGCGAAUGUCCAACAAUUUUUAGAGAGAUCCCUUCAUUUCUUGUUAGAUAUUUGCCUGGAUCAAGUGAAAACUCAACAGUCAAUCAUCAAAUUCUGCAAAGCGCGACCAAGCACCAUCAAGCCUUUCCAAGACCAUUUCAUCAAUCUUGCUAAUAAGCUUUCGAAGAAUGACGACGAUUUUGAUGGCUCCAACAUUGAUUCUAACCCCUUUGGCCACAUCGAGCCCCCUGCGAAAGAUGUGUACCCUGGCGAAGUUCAUCAACUCCUUCUUGACCGAAUAGAAAAGUAUUCGUCUUGCGGAAAGAAGAUACAUAAGGACGCUGGCUCAAAUCCAAGUAAACUACACAUCACAAGAUUAUGUCUAAGCUCUGGAUUUCGGUUUUCCAAAGAUCAGCUUGCCUUAUUCGACAUAAUAACAGCAUUAUCCCAAAUGUCGUCCUGGCAAGAAAUGACCAUCAAUAUACCAAAAGGGGAUCAUGGCCCCAAGCACAACCAUGAUUAUCAACAGCACGCCGCAUGGGAUUCGCAGAGCCUGUCUUUGAUCGAUUCUGGCAAGAUCUGUGAAUGGCUAGAAGAUCCGACAUACACCAAAUACUGUCUGAAGCACAAAAUCAAAUUGUCAUAUACUGUUGCUAACGCAUUCUGGCAACUCUGCAGCUCGGAUCUCAUGAAGGCCAGAUGGACCAGUAACGACAUUUGGUUCAUUCAUGUUGAUAAAAGUGUUGAAGAGUCGGAUGCUAUUCCGGUCCGUGCAUUCGUUUUGUUCCCUUUUGGAUCUCAGUUCCACGAAGCUCCGAGUGAAUUUUAUGGCGAAAACCGAUACCGCCACUGCUACCCACGAAUCCUUUAUCUUGGAAUUAUCCUUCUAGAAAUCGGCCUUGAACAAUCUCUUUCGAUUGAAAGAAAACCUGCACAUAGUUUUGCGGCACAUAUCAAUCUGGCUCGUUCGAAGGCAAUAAUCAAGCUCAAGGAACUGAAGAAUGCAGACUGGGGUGGAUUCCAGCGGAAAGACUAUUACAUAAAGGCGAUAGAGAACUGUGGCAAAAACGACAAUACAACGCGUUGGGAUUCGCCACUAGAGGAAAGAAGAAAAGCACUAUUCCGGAACGUUGUCAAACCUCUCUUUUGGCUAGCAACGGUGGGAUUUGAAAACUCGGAAGAAGUUUCAUUAGUGCCGAUCCGAAAGGAACCACGGCGACAAUCGACUUUCACUGGUAAUGAUGAGCUUGAAAAAUUCUGGCGAGAAAAACGUACCCUGUCGUCUUUUUGUUCUGGCAACAAUAACAACAACACCGAAGAAUACUUGGGUGAUUUGCAAAAGAUUGCAGGACACACCCACCGUUGUCGAAGAUUAGCAAAGAUCACGAAACCAAUACGAGUCGCCAUUCUUGAUACUGGUUGUAAGAUAGAUCUCGAUGAUUCAAGCUUUGAAACCGAUUCGUUUGACCAUGGCACAUUCAUGGCACGACUACUCAUGCAUGUGGCACCGGUAGCGGAUUUAUACCUAAUUAGUGUGGCCGAGAAUACUCAUAUGUUACAAAACAGUCAGCACAGCAUUACAAAGGCAAUCGAGCACGCGGGUUUAGAUCCAGAAUGGAAUGUCGGUAUCAUUUCUAUGUCCUUUGGGUACUAUGGCAAGCAAGAAAUGAGCCACACCAUAAUUGGAGAGGCCAUUGAAAAGGUCAAAAAACAUCGCAAUGACAAAAUCCUGUUCCUUGCGAGUGCUGGGAAUUCUUGGUCGCAAAGAACGUCUUUCCCUGCCAGCCACAAGGACGUUAUUUCAAUCUACGCUGGCGAUUCGAAAGGUGUUUUCCUGAAUACUAAUCUGGCCUAUAUAGGUAAAAAGCUGGGUAUAUAUGGCAAAGACGUUCCAUCGUCAGUUAUUAAUGAGGUGAAGAGUCACUUUAUAGAGGUGGAUCUCAGCUCAGGGACAUCCAUAGCCACCGCCAUUGCCACUAGUAUUGUCGCAAUGAUGCUCUCUUAUGCUGCAGCACUUCCAUCAAUAAUGAAGAAUAAUGGGUUUGGGGAGAUUCUUGUGAAACUAUCCACGAAGAAGGGCAUGGAGCAUAUGUUGGAAGCCAUGUCACUUAAUCGCCACGACAAAGAGUACUUUAUCAGUCCGAUACGGUAUUGGGGGGAAAAGGAAAAAGACUUGGAUGUCUUAGUCUCGAUAUGUGGGGCAAUUGAGCAAAUGAACAGGCAGCCACCAGAGUGA